AUUUGCUUUUGUCUUCCGCAGGAUUCUUUCCACCGCAUCUGAUUGUGCUGAAUUUGUCGCUUUUACCAAAGAAGUACUGCUUAUUGAAUCAAUUGACAAUGGCUUCGAGCAACUACGUCCCGACCUACUACGACUUCCCGCGCGAGUACCGCGGCUACGGCGAGAACCCUCCCGACUUCAAGUGGCCCGGCAACCCGAAGAUCAUCAUCAACUUCGUCGUCAACUACGAAGAAGGCGCCGAGUGCUCGAUCGAGAACGGCGACCCGGCCUCGGAGCAGUACAUCUGGGAGCUUCCGUACGUGCCCAAAGUCGGCAAGCGGUCCUACGACUGCGAGUCUGAUUUCGAGUACGGCUCGCGGGCGGGUGUCUGGCGUCUGCUCCGUCUGUUUCGCAAGCACGGGUACAAGUUCACCACCUUCGCCGUCGGCAAAGCGUUCGAGCUCCUGCCCGACGUGCCCGCCGCCAUCAAGCGCGACGGCCACGAAAUCGCAUCGCACUGCUACCGCUGGUGGGAUUACUCCAAAUGCACACCCGAGGAGGAAAAAGCGCUGAUUAUCAAAAACAUGGAGUCCCUCAAGGAAACCACGGGCGCGUACCCCAAGGGCUGGUACUAUGCCCGUCUGUCGCAGCACACCCGCCGGCUCGUCUACGACGUGCACAAAGAGCUCAACGCGCCUCUGCUCUGGAUCGCCGACGCCUACGCGGACGACUACCCGUACUGGACGCCUGUUCCGCGCACUAAGGACGCGAUCCUCAUGGUUCCCUACUCGUACGAUUGCAACGACGCCCGCUUCCACAUGCCCACGGGAUGGUCUUCCACCGACGACUUUUACAACCACCUGCAGUAUGCGUUCGACACGCUGUACGAGGAAGGCGCCGAGAACGGGUGCGCAAAGAUGAUGACGGUCGCGUUGCAUACCCGUGUUGUCGGCAAGCCGGGACGGUUCCAGGCUUUGGUGAAGUUUAUGGAUUAUAUCAAGCAGAAGGAGGGCGUGUGGGUUGCUACCAGAGAGGAGAUUGCCAACCACUUCAACAAGGUUAACCCGUGGGUUGAGCCCGCCGAGCCCCUCAAGUACGGUCCUGAGGCGUAAGUGUAGCAAUCUUAAUGCUAGUAGAGUAAUUUGACUUAAUUGAACUACAGUUUAAAAUACAAUAAGUAAUGUAUGAUG